GCCAGUAAGAGCGCAGUGUGUUUAUGUCCCUCACCAUCUAAGCUCUUCUCACACUUCUCACACAUCUAACACCUUCACCUUGUGCAGAGCUUCCUCUGCUUGGAUUGUCACCAGUUCAACACCAUGCUGCUUCGGACUGCGGUUCUGCUGCUCCUCUGUGUGUGCACAGGCAUGUGUGCCACUUUAGGCCACUACCAGACUCAAGCCAAGGAAGAGGAGGAAGUCCCUGCUGUGCACUCAGCUGCUGUUACUGACGGUGUUUUAGCAGCUACCUCUGUAGAUGCAGCUGAAGAAGCUGGAGAUCCUGCAGAUACCCAAGUAGAUGAUUCACCUGCAGUUGAGGAAUCUGCAGCUAAUUCCAUUUUUGGUGACAAUCUAAUGGCUAAAAUACUUGCAGUGGAUAACCCAGCUGCUGACAAACCAGCAGUGGAUGUCCCAGUAGCAGACGUUGCAACAGCCGGAGAGCCAGAGACAGACAGUGAUAGGCCUGCUGGAGACGCCUCUAUUGUGGAAGCUCUUACUGGUGAAGCUGUCACCCAGGAGCAACCUUCUUCUGAGGCAGAGGAGAAUGACAUUAGACCAGUCGAAACACACCAGUCCCUGAACGAGCCCUUGGCUCAUGAAGACGACAACAGCUGGAGCAUCAACUCAAUUAGAAAUAGUUUCCAGAGUGUGCACGGAUACUUUGACUCCCUGGUGGAGCUGGUGGGGGGACACAAUGGUGUGUGUCAGUACCGCUGCAGAUAUGGUAAACCUCCUCAACCUCGUCCCGGCUACCAGCUCCCAGAGCCCAACGGCUGCAGCUCCUCUCUGGUGGGAUUCCAGGUGAAUGCCGCUCUUGACCUGGGGAUCCCUGCUAUGACUGAGUGCUGUAACCAGCUUGACAUAUGCUACGACACUUGUGGCACAAGCAAGUACGACUGUGACUCAGAGUUUCGCUUGUGUCUGCAUGGCAUUUGCUCCGACCUUAAGAAGAGUCUGGGCUUUGUGUCGAAGGUACAAGCCUGUGAUUCGAUGGCGGAUGCUCUCCACAGCACAGUGGGGACUCUUGGUUGCAGGCCUUACAUGAACAGCCAGAGGGCAGCGUGUGUCUGUGAGGGAGAGGAGAGGGAUGAACUGUGACACAGAAAGACUAUGGACAAACUCCUGCAUGCUUUCAUAGACAAAUAACAGAACCAUAGGUAUUUCCACAGAUUAUACUGUAUAUUUAUAGGCUUUUUGUCAAAGAGAUACUUCACAAGAGCCCUCUCAAGAUUCACAGCUUGGGAGUUUAAAAAAAGACAUAAAUGGGGAAUGCAGAUGAACAGUUUCUUAGGUAUUAUUCAUAGGCAGUACUAACACAUAUUAUGUAUCUGAAUAUGACUUUCAGGUUCCUAAUUAACUGCCCUAUGCAUGUUUUACUCUCCAUACUCCAUUUCAUUUUGGCCAUUUUUAGGCCUCUAUGACUCCAUUACCAUAAAUUACUACGAUAACUCCAGACAAAUUGCCUGAUGGGAAGGAUAUUGUUGGAUUAAUUUCCUCUAGAUAGAAAGACAUAAUUUAAUUCCUACGCUGCACAUGGUUUGUUGUGUUCUGCUAUUUAUCAAAAUAGUCUGCUCAAACCUUAAGUCACUGUCAUGUAAAUGUAAUGCCUAUUACAGCUACUGUACUAUGUUAAUGCUUGGUGUAAGUUAUUUGCCAGUUAUUUGUUAUGAAUGAAUAAAUGACUAAUUGCAGUUUAA